CAAAGUCUCAGUGCCACCCGGAGUGUCAGAGGGAGAGGUUGUCGCUUUGAUAUCCCGCCUGUGAAGUGCGUUUAUAAGUGCACUAAGUAAUGGGAAUUGGUACUACAGUGCUGUGCUGGCCACCAUGGUAGUGCUAGAGGCUCCAACAGAAUCCAAAAUGGCGCCACCACACCACUUUGACUGGGAUAUUAAUGACACUAAUAUACCCAAGGUAAGCGAGUUUGACCCGUUCGUAGAGUGGACCGAUGGACACUGCCGGUUUGUUUACCCUGUGGAGCAAGAAGAAGCUAAACGACAUUCUUCCGGUUGGGCCAUGAGGAAUACUAACAAUCACAAUGUUAAUAUUUUAAAGAAGUCUUGUCUUGGCGUUCUAAUGUGUUCCUUACGCUGCACACUGGACGGGGGCGCGAAGGUUCAUCUCCGCCCCGCCAUUUGUGACAAAGCAAGGAAGAAGCAGCAAGGAAGGCCAUGCCCAAACAAGUCUUGCUCAGGGCGUCUGGAAGUGAUGCAGUGUAGAGGGCAUUGUGGGUACCCUGUCACGCACUUCUGGAGGCACACAGAACACGCCAUUUUCUUCCAGGCGAAAGGCGUACACGACCACCCGAGGCCAGAGGCAAAGAGCACAGCGGAGGCCAGGAGGAGUCUGACAGGACGAGGCUUAACGUCAACCCUCCCAGGACAAACUUCCCAUCGGUCUCUUCACCCGAGGCCCCUCCACCACCAUCACAACCCCAGGAUCAGUGGUAACAAGAGGCCGUUUCCUUCUGCUGUCCCUCCCUCGUCCACUGGGGAGGGUGUUCUGACCCCCUCACACCUCGGGGCCCCUCCACCCAAGAUGGCGCGAUCCCUCCCUCCUCCCCUCCUGCCCGAUCAAGGUUUGCCAGUCUGUUCCUGCUCUCCGUUUGAGUGCUGCUGCCUCCCCCCACCCCCCACUACCCCCAGAUGACGUCUGUACCCCCGCCCCGCCCCCCUCAGCCCUUCCCAGCCAAUCAGCUCGAAGCAUUCCCACAACAC